AUGCAAUGUUUUCGGCACUUUUCUACAACGAUACUAUUACUGAUUAAACUAUUAUUUGUUAAAAAUGUUACAUCAAUGGUAUGUCCUGAUGGUUAUGCAGGUAACGAAUUUCAUAGCUUACUUUAUGGAUUGGGCUAUGGUACUUUGGCUCAAAUAUGUCCACCUGAUAAUUUCUUCUUCUCAUAUAUAUGUUGUGAUCAAGGAUAUUUCGAAUGCUGUAUAAGAUUCGAAUUAUGGUUUAUGUAUUCUAUACGUAAGAAAAGUGGAAAAUACGUGAUAAGCCUUACUGUAUCACCAUCUCUUUAA